UCAUGAUUACUCAUAGACAUUUUACUGAAUUGAACAGAGUUGAAACGGAAUACCAAAGGAGAAAGCCACAAACUGUCAGUAACAGAACUUAGACUUAACCAAAUGUAUUAAACCCAUUAGGUUAGAUUGAUCUUCUUUGACCUUAGUUGACAUCACAUCAUUAUUCCUAAUUGUAUCAAUGCCUUUUAAUGUAGCCAUUCAUUGAUUCAAUCAAAUAGAGUCAAAUAAAUCUGACCUUGCUGUUCUCUGGAGUAUUCUUCUGCUUUGAAGCUCUGACAAGAAACAUCAGCAUAAGGGUGUGUGAGUGCAGGAAGCUGAGGAUUAAUUACCUACAGUAAUAGCCUAUGUUUGACCUGAUUUGUUAAAGGUUUGUUUGUGUAAACUUGACAAAAACAGUUCAUGUUGAUGUGCUGAUGGGAUAUUCACUGCCAUUCCCCAUACAUUUUCACUGAGAGUGUUUGAUGAUCGCACUCUUCUCUUUUAAAGUGAGGGCUUGGCAAUGUUCCUCCAGCAUAAACACAAAAUAGAGCAAUGUGCCAUUGUAUGGAAACAGUAAUCUGGCAGUGAGUAAAAAAAAUCACUGUAGACCCACUCAAAAAUAAUGCUAUUCAAAACCUUUCCUAGACACAUGUUCAGUCCCCCCGCCUCACCAUCACUACCCCCACCACAAUAGCUGUGGCAGAAUACAGUAGACUAGGUUCUUCAUUAAGCCAAUUACAUUUGCCAAUUACAAUAGAAGUAGGGACAGUGUUUUUCGUUGGUCAUUUGAUCUUAAGUAGCCUAGUCUGUCAAAUAAUUCUUUGUUCAAUGACUUAUGACCGGGGCUAUGUGUGAGUGGAUGAAUAUGGAGUGACGUGAACAGGUCAGUGUCAAGAUACGAACGCCUUGACUAUUUAAAAAAAGCAUCACAUUGAAUCGGGUGUAGCCUAAGAGCCGGAGCCAAGCAGCUCCCGAAGUUCACCUCUUGCAGCCUUCCAAGAAAGAUAAACUUCUCGUUAGGCUCAGAUCUAGAGCGAAUCUUCUUUUAGGCUACCUUUGAUUCAAACAGAAACAAGAAACAUGCCCAAACGUCUUUCUGUGAUAUUUAUAGGCGCGUGCCUACUUGUGUGCGAGAGCGCUCAGAACUCAAACUCGAAAAAGGUGCUGUUGUCUAAAGACUAUGGGGUGAAGCUGUGCGGCAGAGAGUUCAUCCGAGCUGUAAUCUUCACCUGUGGCGGUUCUCGCUGGAAAAGGGCUAUGAAUCUGGAUUUACUUUUGAGAAGCGACAAUGAUCCUAUUCAGCUGGGCUCCCUCAUUGUGGCAUCAGAAAAAGCUGAGAUGUUCAACAGGCCACCAUCAACAGACCUGAUGAGAAUUGCUGAACAAACCAUGCCUCCUUUCUCUGUUUCUUUGUUCUCCUCUCUGGCAGACUUUCUCAAGUUGUUUGAUGACCAGAAGCAGACUGGUGCUGAGUCCAAUGAACAGCAACUCAGCUACAAGCUACACUUUGAUAGAAAAAAGAGGAACUUUUCUCACGGCCUUGCAGGCAUAUGUUGCAACCAGGGCUGUACAAAAAAUGAUAUUGGACGCCUUUGCUGAGAAUAUGAAAAGAUCUGAGAGGCGAGGAUGUGUUGUGAUUGAGUUAGCUUAGUCAGUGGCAUGCACAUGUAGGCAAACCGAACAAGAAAGAGUAGCCUAUAACCAGGGUUGGAGUUUAUGUGCACCUCAAAACAUCACUGGAAAUCAAGCUACUUUUGUCAACCAUUGCAUUAUUCUGAAUCAUAAUCUGUAUGUGUGUGUAUUUGUUAUGUUCAUAAAUGAGACCAACUUUUCUCUAUUUUUCCCUACGAUAAGGAGAGUGUACUAAAUUAAUUAGAUACAUUAUAAAUAUGUUAUAAGUUAUGUUUUUCAUAAUGUCUGUAAUGCACAGCAAACCAAAAACCUGAAUUAAAGAGAAUAUAAUGUAUCAAUACAAGGUUGAAAUAAUAAAGUGUUUAUAUAUUGUAAA